AUGAGCGAGGAAUUGGUGCCAAUGGUUAGUUAUUUUACUGAUUUUCUCGAUAAAUUUUGAAAUUUUCAGACAAUUGGUUGGUUCGAUAUGCCAUUGGAGAUGCGUGAGAUGGUCAUGGAGCAAAUGGAAGUUAAGACAAAAGGAAAAUUGUUGCAAUGCUCGAAGGAAUGUUCUGACGAAGUUAAGGGAAUGAAAAAUUUCAUUCGCAGAAUCCGACUUAUUUUGUCCUCAUCAAAAGUUUGCAUUCAAGUGUCAUUUUUUGGUGCUUACAUGGGAAUUCAAAUCGAGAAGUUCAAUGAUAAAGUUCUAAUAAGUUAUAACAGGUAGAAUAAUCAAUUAAUCAUAAGGCAAUGUCAUUUUCCAGCUCAAACUACAUGAACAAGUAUUUUUCCGAAAUAUUGGUGGGCAGUUUCAACAAAAUUGCUUUGAAUCACAUCAAAAAUUGGAUUUAUCAUCCUGUCGAUCUUGAAACUUUUGAUGUAAAAUUGGUGAGAAUAGCUCUUUUGAUCAAUAAAAAUCAUUAUAUUUUUGUAGGCCGAUUUUCCAUGUAUUGAUUUUGACAUCACGCAUUUCAAGAAAUUGAAAUCUAUCACAAUAAAUAGUCGAAAAAGUCUCGAUGCUUUUCUCAAGAUGAGAUUCAUUGGAAAAGACCAGGUGACACUUUACACAACUUUUAAAUAAUGAUAAACAUUUUUUCAGUUUUAUUCCAUCGAGAACCUUACUCUUGUAAAUGUUAAAUUGACAAAUAAGGAGUUUUGUGGUUUGAAAGCGUCUUCUGUUCAAUUAAACAAUACAAAUGUGUCAGCGAAGAACUUGAAUCAUUUUCUUCAAUCAUGGAAACACGGAAAUAUUGACAAGAAUUUCACAAAAAUGAAGAUCGAGAUGAAAGAUAGAAGAAGAUUUCGAGAGAUUUCGAGUAUUAUUCUCAAAGAUGUUGAUGCGAUUGGUCAACACAAGAAACAUGAUUGCAUUUGGGCAAGAUUCAUGAAUGAAAACAACGAAUGGGCCGAAAUUCAUAUGUCCCAUGACUCAUCAGAUGGUCGACUAACUGUUAUCAUGAUCUGUAAGACUUCUGCCGACAAAUUUCAAUAUAAAGGAUUUGACUGGGAAGAUGAACUUCGUAUGGAGGAACUCGAUGAUGUGUAUGAUAUCAAUGAUUUGUAUCCUGGAUCAUAUUCCGAAGAUGACGGUUAUGAAGGAAUCUAUUAUUAA